UCUCGCUGGGACCCUGGCGAGCCGAGUCCCUGAUCACCGGGUCGGGGUGAGCCCCCUCCGUCCCUCCCAACGCGAGUCUGGCCGCAGCGGGUGAGUCUGCACCCCGCAGGGCCAGUUGCGCCCCCUCAGCCCCACACUGUUCCCGCGUCGCGCCCGGAGCCCUGAGCCCGCCCUGCCGGGCGGAAGUCUUGGUGCGCGCCUCCUCCCGGGCCGCUUCGCUGCGGACGCGGAACUGGGGUGGACAGGGCUCGGGCCGGCUCUGCGUCUUGGGCCCCGCGGGAGGCACAGCCUAGCGGAGCCAAAGUCGAGGCGGGGGCUUGGAGGACGCAUGGGGAAACCGAGGCCCGCGCAGGAGGCUUGCCAGAGGCCUCGGAAACUCCAGCUCCGGGAUCCUUCUCAGACCUCGGGAGGAGCCCCGCCCGGCUUCUUGCGGUCCCGCGCUCGCUGUGACCCUUGGUCGCCCAAGCCCGGUGCUGUAGAGCCCUUCCCGCACGUCAUUCUCUGGGGCGGUGCACCCCUUGCCGACGCAGGAUCUGGGAGAGGAGGCCUAUUCGCCAGGGCACUCAGCAGGCGCACAGGCUCAGGUGCUGCACCCAGCCAUGCGCUGCCGCCGACUGGCCCUGGGCCUGGGGUGCUGCCUGCUGGUGGGCGCGGCCCUCGGCGUCCUGUGGGUGUAUGCCGAGAACUGGCUGCCGUUCUCCUACGUCCCCUAUUAUCUCCCCUGCCCUGCGAUCUUCAACAUGAAGCUGCAGUACCGAGGGGAGAAGCCGUUCCAGCCGGUGGCCUGGUCGCAGUACCCACAGCCCAAGCUGCUGGAGCAGAGGCCCACAAACCUGCUGACGCUCACGCCCUGGCUGGCGCCCAUCGUCUCUGAGGGGACCUUCGACCGGGAGCUCCUGCACAACAUCUACCGGCCGCUGAACCUGACCGUCGGGCUCACCGUGUUCGCUGUGGGGAAGUACACCGGCUUCGUCCAGCACUUCCUGGAGUCGGCCGAGCGGUUCUUCAUGCACGGGUACCACGUGUGCUACUACCUCUUCACUGACGAUCCCGCGGCCAUCCCACAGGUCGCUCUGGGCCCCGGCCGCAACCUCAGCGUCAUCCGCAUCCAGAAGUACUCCCGCUUCGAGGAGAUCUCCAUGCGCCGGAUGGAGACCAUCAGCCGGCACAUUGCCCAGCGGGCACACUGGGAGGUGGACUACCUCUUCUGCGUCGAUGUGGACAUGGUGUUCUGGAACCACUGGGGCCCUGAGACCUUGGGAGACCUGGUGGCUGCCAUUCACCCAGGCUACUACUCUGUACCCCGCCAGCAGUUCCCCUAUGAGCGCAGGCAUGUCUCCACCGCCUUUGUGCCAGAGAGCGAGGGCGACUUCUAUUACGGCGGGGCAGUCUUUGGGGGACGCGUGGACAGGGUGUACGAGUUUACGAGGGGCUGCCACAUGGCCAUCUUGGCGGACAAGGCCAACGGCAUCAUGGCGGCCUGGCAGGAGGAGAGCCACCUGAACCGCCGCUUCAUCUCACACAAGCCCUCCAAAGUGCUGUCCCCCGAGUACCUCUGGGACGACAGGAAGCCCCAGCCACCCAGCCUGAAGCUGAUCCGCUUCUCUACCCUGGACAAGAACAGCAACUGGCUGAGGAGCUGACGGUGAGCCGGGGUGGCCAUGGGCAGGGCCCCACGCCCUGCAGCCUGCUCGCCCAGCCGGUGCCUCACUUCUCACGCCUUGGCCGAGACCCGUGCCGCCCUGCCUGCCUCUCUGUCCCGAGAAUCCCACCAGAAGGCGGAUGUGGAAGGGCCCUUGUGAACUGUAAAGGGCUGUGCCCAUGUGAGGAAAACCCUAAGCUCUGGUGUGGCCCAAGAAAAGUGGGACGGGGCGGAGAUACUCAUGGUAAAGAGCAGGGCCCACAGGCUCCCCAGCAGCCAUGCCUUCGUGCCUUCGGAGCGGCUCUGCGGGGUGCCCUCCUCCGCGCCUGCGUUCCCGCCGCCGCCCCCUUUCUCUGGCUGCGGGGCUCCCAAUCCUGGGACGUCCUUCGGCCACAUGGAGCCCACUCCACUCAGGAGCCCAUGAACCGGACUGGGCUCAGGCUCUCUCAGGUUUCCAGUCCAGCUGCACCCCAUGGCAGCCACCCGCCCUGGCACGCGCCGCCUCCUUUGUAAGAAGGUCGGGGCAGUUUUAAUAAAGGUGGCACCUGCUAGGCUGUAA